CGAUAGCAUCCCAUUCUCAUUCCCCACCGAGGCAAAGGCUAUUGGAUAAUUAAACCCCCCAGAUCCAUGAAACCUGCAUUCGAUAUGUUACCAACUUCACAUUUCAAGAUCUCAACUUUAGUAGGUCAUCAGUCGAUAGGUAGCUGGCCUGACUUCCACAAUCAAAAUAGGUAUUUCUGCUGUUUCCUAUCCUGUCUUAGCUAAAGAAAAUAGACACUACGACUAGCGUGGACCUGUAUGAACUUGGAAGGAUACUACCUUUUCCCCUUCUAGGAGAAACAAUCCUCCAAAGCAGCCUAAUAGCAAGUUUCGAGUUGAGGGACGAAGUCCAUUCCACCAGACAAUCAUGAAAUUCCAGGCAACUCUACCCCUCGCCGUUUUACUGUCUGCUGCGUCUGUUACUUCCAGCGGGACCAACAAUGUCUGGGACAUUGUCGCAACCCUUAUACAGGCUCCUUCAGGUGACGGAUAUCUCCACCUGGAUGAUGACGGCGUCUUAAUAUCCCUUAGUGGAUCUGGAGACGUGCUAGCAUAUCGACAAUUAGACCCCAAACAAAUCAAUCAGUACAUCAAUCGCUUUCCUUCGCCGGCCAGGGAACACCUUCUCGGGGUCUUCAAAGGUGUUGAUGGUAGAGACGUGAUUGACAUUGCGCAACUCGCCCACUUCGACUUAAAGGCACUACUCCCAGAGCCUGAUGAAGCCAGUCUUCCUGUUGCCAGUUCCUCCUCUACUCUCAAUCACCUGGCGGAGCGCGCAUGUCACAACUAUGCUUGCUCGGGUCCCGUCUUGUGCUAUUCUUAUACCUGCUCUGUUUGUGCUAAGGCAGACCAUCUUCACUGGGGCUUAUGCUAUUGAGGGGAGAGUGCUGUUGAGGGGCGAGGAAUAUUUCGGCAAGUUGUAAGGUGUUUGGGAUUUACGUGACCCGUUCAUCUUUUUCGCUAGUAGAUGCCAGGGCACUUUUGCUUUCAGAUAUUCGACAUGGAAUAUCCAAGCUUUUGCCGCUCCUGAUCAACUUGUGGUUAUUUUGGUACUUUUCC